CAUUUCCCUCAAGCUAGUGAAUGCAUCUGAACUGAGCUGAUCUAAAAGACACACUCAGCACAAUGGUUUAUUUGGCAGGGUUGGUUGGCUUGGUUCUCAUCUUGACAGCUGAAGCCAGAGUUGGAAACUCUUCUGAGUCUCGCUUCUGCACAGAGUCAAAGGAAUGUCUGCUCUAUGAUCUGGUGUGCAAGAAUGACGAUUAUGAGGUGCGCCACUAUGAAUCAGUGAAAUGGGUGUCAACAGAUGAGGAAGCAUACUUCAUGGACAUGGCCACCUACACUGCCUUCAGGAGACUCUUCAACUAUAUCACCGGAUCCAACAAGGCUGGCGUCAACAUUGACAUGACUGCUCCGGUGACUGUCAAAAUUGAAGAGAAGAAGAAGACGUGGGGGUCGUCUGUCUUCACCCUCAGCUUCCUCCUGCCGUCUACCCAUCAGAUGACUCCUCCCCAACCCACUGAUGACAAGGUGUACUUUACUGAGAUGCCAGACAUGAAAGUGUACGUGAGGAGCUACGGUGGAUGGAUGAUGUCUUUGACAUCCAGUGUAAACUCCAUGCUGCUGAAAAGGCAGCUAGACAAAGUCCAGGCCACCUACAACAAAGACUACCACUAUGCUGUGGGAUAUGACAGCCCAAAGAAGAUUCUGAACAGGCACAACGAGGUGUGGUACAUUGUUGAGGGAGAGCCUGUGUGCCCUACCUCCUCCUAAACAUCCUCCUCCACUACUGCUGAGUCUGGCAUUACUGCUUUGAAGAGGACCAAUUGGAGUAGCAAUGGUAGACUGAGAAUAUCUGAGAAAAUGUGGUUUGGGGACAACAACGAUAUUUACUAAGAGAUGUGUCCUUGAUCUAGUGGCACUGUAAUCCAAAAUCAAUAUGCCACAUGCUAUAGAGUGUAUACACACGGCAUGUCUUCAAAUUUUCUCAUACUUAUUCAGGGUUCAAUUUGUUAGAGAGGUGACGAGCACCCCCUAGACCUGUGAUUCGAACUCUGUACAAUCAAUAGUGAAUAUGAUUUGGAACUUUUUCUCAAUAAAAUAUGA